AUGGAACAAGUAUCAGAAAAAUCUAAUGCCCCCGCAUUGGGUCUUCCCGAAUGGGUCCAGAUGGAGUGCGAUCGAUCGAUCUUUAACGAAUACCCUGUUUCUGAGGAAAACGAGUCGCUGAAGCUCAAGUCCAUCAAGAACGCCAUAGACUCCCGAGAUCGAUCUCUUUUGCGGUUUCUCGUUGCCACACGGUCCGGAUGCAUCAACACCCAGCAGCGCGCGGUUGUGUGGCCGAUCCUGUUAGACCUAGACUCUUGGAACCCUCCGCCUUGUGUCUCCAAUUUGAAACACAAGGAUCACGACCAAAUCACCAAGGACGUCGAGCGCUCGUUCGUCUUCUACCCCAAGAUCGACGACCCAGCGAAAUUGGAUACCCUUCGCCGUCAGCUGGAUGGUUUGAUCAACUCCACGCUGAAUGCCUUCCCGGGACUCAAUUACUACCAGGGCUAUCAUGACGUUGCACAGGUUGCCGUUCUGGUGUUUGACGACAAAACAGCCUAUAAAUUCAUGACAAAACUCACUCUGACCCAUCUCAGAGAUCACAUGCUCCCAGACAUCGAGUCCACGGUCAGAGAACUCCAGUUGAUCCCUGACCUGCUGUCCCAGGUGGACCCCAAACUGUUCACGCUGAUCGGGUUUGUCGAGCCAGUGUACGCCCUGAGUUCGGUGAUCUCGCUGUUUGCGCACGACAUGUCCAGCUUCAUGGACCUCUCGCUGGUGUGGGACUUCCUUUUGGCAGAAGAGUCGCCGCUGUUUGUCAUCUACAUUUAUGUGGCAGUGCUUGUCUUUUACAGAGACGAUAUACUAAGAGACCUGGACGACCUGCUGGGGAAAUCCUUUACCAGCGACGAAACAAUGAUAGAAGAUACAGAGCCAGAUCUCGGCAGCAGAGACAUGGUCCACGUCACAUUGAGCAACUGGAUCAGCCACCACGUAAAAAGUAACGACCUGUUUCCAAUCAUGCAAACGGCAAUACGAUACAUGAGCGAGUAUCCUUGCGAGAAAGUGUCCUCUUUCAAAAAACUGAGCAGAUACAGCAUGCUAAGAACCAACUCAUUGAGCUCUGAGCUCACGUUGCUGCACGCGAGCGAGCAAAAGCGCGACCUCAAACGGCUUGAGUCUUCCAGGCGCCUCGCUGUUCGCCCAAAAACGCUGUCUUUGGUGGUCAAUUAUUCGAUCGGUAUUGGAAUCGCAGGACUGCUGCUCAAAAUAAAAGACUGUCAUAUUUUGAAGAACUUGGCCAGAGCUAGUAAACUUCCAAUGGCCACGGCCACAGACCCAAGGGUCGACGAAGAGAUGCCGGACGAUUUCUGCGACGCAAAGCUGAUCAUGUGGUUCUUCUGGUUCACAAGUUUGGCAUCUCUCUUUGGUGCAACCCUUGGCGUUUCCUCAGACGUAAAGUUUCUGAGGUUUCCCCUCUCGUCCGUCCGCAAUGUCGUACGAAGAAAUCUCCUCAGAGUCCUGGAACUUCAAGAACUCGUCGCCUCCAUGGCCCGUCAUAUAGAUAAAGAUGUUGGAAUUCUCGUCCGUGAGCAACCGCUUGGACUUUGGCUGCUCGUCGGGCCAUCUGUCGGUGAGCAGUCUGAUGAAAUUCUCCACGGUAACUUCGUAUCCACGGUAAUCCACCUCGAUGUUGUCUCCGUAAAGUUCCAGCUGGCGGUCGGCAUUAUUGUAAACGAACCCGGGGAACGCAUUUCUUGGGUUGCACGCCACAUCGUCCGACAACAUCAAAAUGAUUUGCGAGUCCGGAAUGCCCAAUCUCUUGACUGUUCUAUACAUGCUCAAAACGUUAGCCAUGUGGCGAUAGUUGAACCAGAAUCGCGACGUCGACACUAG